AUGCAACAAGAAGGCAAUCCUGAGAGCGUCCAGUCUCGCCUCAUUCUAGACUGCCCCGCUGCGAGUACACAGGACAAUAUCUACUGGGACGGAAAAAUCUCUCCAAUUGACCUCAAGAAUGGGUCUAUCGCCUACCUGGCAGCAUGGGAUUGUGAUCAACCAGAUGCCACUCCGAUCUUUUUCUCACAUUAUAUCAACCUCACCGAACCGGUGGUCACAACAACCUCCUCGACUCCGACAACAAUUACAUCCGCAUCAUUGGCCUCAAGCACCACAUCCGGAACCCCUACUUCCGCAGGCCCGGUCUCUACAAGCUCUGUUACUCCAGCGGCAACUGCGGAGAGCAAUCACAGUGGAGGUGGCGGAUCUAACUCGGCAGCGCUUGGAGGUGGAAUCGGCGGCGGCAUUGGCGGAGCUCUGGUACUGAUAGUGCUCGCAGCCUUAUUCAUCUACUGGCGCAGAGGAAAGCGGGAAGUCCUCAAAGGCGCCCCAAGCCAUGAGCCGUCAACGCGCGAACUCUUACCCCGAAAUCAACCGUACCCUCCCAAUUCCUAUCCCUAUCAACAACAGACUUACUACCCAAGCGAGUUGUCUGGCACUCCUUCUCCGCAGCGGAAGCCCAUGUCGAACGCGGAGCUGGACAGCAACAGUCGCUCCGAUACAGGAGGAUGA